AUGAAGGUUGUUAUCGCUCUUGUGAUAAUCGCCCUAACCGGCGUGUCGACAGACAUGGCAGGCGAAUGUGACAUGGCCGCCUUCUACCUGGAGCUAGGCUGCAAACCGGAAUCUUCAACUGAGGAGUUCUGCCCUGAUAAAUUUAAAUGCCCCGACUUACAUCCAGACCCAACUAAAUGCUACUACAAGAGCCAGGCCUACUCUCAUAAAGAAUCAAUCCCUCAAAACAUAGUUUCUAACCCCUGCUCCCAAGCCUGCAGCUGUAGCGUGUUUAAUGAAGAGCCGCAAUUCCUUUGCGCAGCCGUCGACUGCUAUGAGACCUUCGACAGCGAUAUGAGCCAGCAAUGUAUCAAUACUUAUGAACUAGACUCGUGUUGUAGUACCGGGACUGUCUGUGGCAAAGAUGCAGUCGCCAAGCUGCAGAGCUGUAUAGUGGACGGGAGGACAUACCUGGAGGGACAAAUGUUUGAGCCCUUGAAUACUCAGAAAAGCUGUAUCUGUACUGCGGAAUGGGAUGGCUCGGUGGAGAACCGAUCGUACUGCCGUAAUGUUGAUUGUGGAAUUGAACUUCACUACCAAAACAGCCUACUGGAAAACUGUGCUCCUGUGUUUGCGAAUUCUAUGCGCACUUGUCCCAUCGGAUUUGAAUGUCCAACAGUAAACUCGAAGAUUAUUCGAGGUUUAAAUAUCAAGCAGCUGACUACCCAGUGCGUAUUUAGCAAUAUGACACUAAACAUUGGCGAUGAAGUAGCUGUCGAGGAUAACUGUACUAAAUGUACCUGCAAGAUUCCACCAUUCGUUAGCUGCAUUAGAUCGACUUGCAAUUAA